AUGUGCGAUAGAUUUAAAAUUAAACUUCAACAAACAACACAUGCACUUGGUGUGUUAGCCUAUAAUCAACGAUUGCUUAUUGAUAAUACAACCGAAGAUGAUUUAUUUGCUUUAUUAAAACGAUAUGAUGAACAAGGACAAAUUGUUAAACAACUUGAAAAUCAAUUAAAAAGUGUUACAUUAAAAACAAAAUCACAAAGUCAACAAAUUCAAGAUCAACGACAACGUCGUCUUAAUUCAGCAAAUCGAGCUGUUAGAUUACAUAAAACAAUUCAACAAAUCUACGAUAUAAUAAGUUAUCGUAGUCAUCAUACAUCACCCAUAGAUCAAUUACAUUAUAUUAAAAAGAUAUGUGAAGAUAGAUUAAGAGAUGACAUAUCAUCAGAAGAUGAAGAUGAAGAUGAACUUGAUAGUCGUAAUUGUACAAUUGAUGAUGAUCAAAAUGAAAGUAUCAUAAUGCAUCCACGUGUUGUUCUUCCUCAAUCAUCAACUAAAAAACGUUUGUUAAAUCAUGAUGAAAAUGAUUUAGAAAAAAUAAGUUCACCACCCAAACGUCUUCGAUAUGAAGAUUCACAACAAAUAACUAACUCUCCAUCACAACGUAUUAUUGCUCAAACAACAUUUGAAUGCUAUACAUCAAAAAAUAUAACUCGACCAUUUACUGUUUCAACUGAUAUUAAAAUGAUUGAUAAUUCAUGUAAUGAACAACAAAGUUGUUUGACAAUUAAUAGCGAUAAUACUCUAUCAUCAUCAACAUUAAGCAGUACAAAAACAGCAUCAUCUUCAUCAAUUGAACAAACUUUAUCAAUGACAUCAACGAAAAUAUCUACUCUAGUACAUCGUUUUAUAUCAAGAAAAAUUUUCAAACCAGAAACUUGUUUUGUGUGUCUUAAACGAAUCAAUUUUGGUUCGGUAUCAUAUCGUUGUUCAUAUUGUUCACAAUCAUGUCAUAUUAAUUGUAAAGAAAAUGCAGGUUCAAAUUGUAAAACAUUGUCAAAUAAUGCAAUGUUACCACCAUAUUCACCCAAGACUCCAACAAUUUCAACUUUAAAUAAUACUCAUCGACAACGAAUGGUUAGUUCAGAACCUCGAAAAACAACUAUAUCAACAACACAUACAUCAACUAUUCAACGACGUUUACCAUUCGAACGCAUGAUGUCACAUAAAACCAAUAAUGGAAACAAUAGCAAAUAUUUUCCUCAUAUUUGA